AUGGCUUCUUCAACUCCGAAGCGACGAAUCCCCGGCCUGCCGAAUCCAGUGUUGGAAGCAGAGCAGCAAAAAUGGCUAUUCACUGACGAAGAAUUCGAGCGCACGCCGUCGCGCAUUGACAAAAUCGAUCGCGGGAAAGAGGACUACAUUCGGCACCGUGCAGUCGAGUUCAUCUGGCAAGUCAGUGUGAUGCUGAAGAUGCCACCACAGACCUCGAUGACCGCCACAGUCUACAUGCACCGCUUCCUCAUGCGCUAUUCACUGUUGGGCCAAUAUCCGGAGAUGGGGUCGGACUUGAUGCACCCAAAGGUGAUCGCCGCGGUGGCACUGUUCGUCGCGUUUAAGGUGGACGAGACCAUGCGCCGCAUGAAAGACUUUGUCAUCGCAUGCUGCCGCGUCGCAAUGAAACAGCCGAACCUAAUCGUGGACGAGCAGUCCAAGGACUACUGGAAAUGGCGAGAUCUGAUCCUCCAGAAUGAGAGCGUCAUGCUUGAAUACCUCUGCUUCGACCUCCAGGUCGAAUCACCAUACCGCAUCCUCUGGGAUUACUCGGUCUUCCUGGGCGUCAAUGAAAACCGAACCCUGCGACACUCCAGCUACUCUUUCCUCAACGACUCAACCUACACCGUGCUAUGUCUCCAAUUCCCACCCCGCGUCAUCGCCGCCGCAGCCCUCUACGCCGCAGCCCGUCACUGCAAAGUCGCCUUCCCAGACGACCCCGAGGGCCGACCCUGGUGGGACCAGAUCGACGUCCAUCUCGACGAUCUAAUCCGCGCCUGCACGCUCAUCGUCAAAAUCUACGAGCGCGUCCAACAAACCCUCAGCAAGGGCUACCCAGACUUCGCCCUCUCCGACACCACCUCCCUCCCCAACGACCCAACCCGCCUCUUCGACACCGAUCCCACAAAACCAGCCUCAGAGCAAGCUAUCCCCACCCCUCCAUCCCUCACCGUCACUCAAGACACACCAAUAAAUGGCCGCAAACGCUCACGCGAACCCGAACCUCAUCUUCCCCAUAACCCACCACCCCCUUCCCCACAAAAGCCCCACGAAAACGGCGACCACCACCGCUCCCCCAAGCGCCAGCGUACCGUCACACCCUCUCGAGAAAUAGUAAUUCCAACCACAGGGCCAAAAGCCCUGCCCGCCUCGCUUCCCCGCGUUCCUGCAGCUGCAUUGUCACACAGCGCUACACACGCCCGCCCACCCACGAAGCCGACAGAAUCCUUACUGCAGGACUCAAGUCCCGAAGAAGGCGAAGUCGACGAAAAAGAGGUCAACCCUGUUUCCCAUCCGCCUCGACCUAUCCCUCCAGCUGUGCACGCAGACUCUCGGAGCAGAGAUGGUCCGGAGAAAGAGGAAGGCGAGGCUGAUGAUGGUGGGAGUGAAGAGGGCGAGAUCUAA